CCGUGGGCGGGAAAGGGGUAACCAAGUUCCUCUGGGAAAAAAGCCUUGUUAAGGUUAAAUGCAAAUUUCAUUGACGUUUUUCCUCGCUUACCUACUAAAAUCCACCCCAGCCAGCGGUCCCAUCUUUUUCUCUACGUACUGUUCUCUGUACUUGCCGUUGACCAGAACCGACUCUUGCCUGGAGGAAGGCCGCAGCAUUCUCCGAGGAUCCCCAGACCCAAGGAAUAGCUGAGGCUGUGAAAUACUUUGCAACAAUCUGGGAGGUGGUGGCGCACGCCUUUAAUCCCAGCACUUGGGAGGCAGAGGCAGGCAGAAGCCUGAGUUCGAGGCCAACCUGGUCUACAGAGUGAGUUCCAGGAAAGGCGCCAAAGCUACACAGAGAAACCCUGUCUGCAAAAACAAAACAAAUCGAAACAAAACAAAAAGAACAGCCCAACCAGGAAGUCUCCCGUCCUCGGCCAGCUGACAGAUUACAUUCAAGCAUGCUUGCCGUGAUCCAGAAAGAGAAAAGUUUUAAUGAGAUAUUUUCCAAUUACUUCAAGGAAAAUAAAACAGAGAUAGCCCAUGCAAUCCCCAAGCUGUUUCCUUUCCUAGAAAGCCUAAAGGACCGUUCCUUCAUCACCGACAAAAUCUAUGCUCAUUCUUACGAAGCCUACAGGAACUUGGUUCCUGUAGAGAACGUGGUGUACAAUGUCCUUGAUCACUUGGAGAAGUUACCUGACUGGUCAUUUCUAUGCACUCUGUUCAACAGAACAAACCUGGAUGCAUAUCCUGGUUUAAGAGAGAUUCAUAAAAGCUUGGAAACUGAGCUACAGGACAAAUAUUUAUCCCAGAGAAGUAAACACGACCAGAAACUUGCCACCAUACAGCCACGCUAUGAGCAAGGAGCUGGUGAUGGUUGUUCUCAAGGAAGACUGACCCGGACACCCUCAGAUCCCUCCUCAUCUAAUGGGGCCAUCCAAUCUGGAAGUAGAAAAAGACUGUCAGAGUCUGCAUGGGACACGAAUACAGACCAUUCGGUUUUCCGUCUAUGUGAGUCUCAUCGAAUCAACUGUGAACGCGCCCAAGCAGGGACAAACCUACACACACAUGAAAACUGGACAGGACCUUGUUUUGUGAAACAAGAAAACCUACAGAAGCCUGGGACAGUGAAGAACCAAGAAGAUGAAGUCAUUGUGAUCAGCAGUGAGGGCUCAGAAUGCAGUGAUGAGGACGACGAGAAGGAACUCCUGGAAGUCUUCGCCUUGACACCAGGAAUCAGGAGGCAGAUAGAAGAGGAGGGUGAGGAUCAUGUCCCUGGGCUCCAGAACUCAGAACUUCCCUCAGGAACUCACGCCUCCUGUUUCCUGACUCACCACCCUUGGGGGACAUCGAAGAGCCCAGCCGUCCAUUCUCUGCACCUUACUUUUUCUGAUGCUGUGAGGAUGUGGAGGGUUUAACAGGGUUCCAGACCUUAGUAAGCCUCAAGUCCUUAGCACAACUGACUCCAUGAUGGAAGCACCAUUCAAAUGUAAAACUCAGCAUGUGGACAGCACCACCCACCAAAAUGAAAACAAAGAACUACUCCAUCAAAGCCCACAGUUCUGGAAAAGUCUCUAAAUGUACUAACCUCACUUUUUGGCUUCUGUAGUUCUGCUUCUGGCCAACUGUUCUUGUAACCGAAAUAUGUCAACCUAGGACAUGGUUUCUUGUGCUUAAAAGCUCACCUUGGGCCUACACUGGGAUCUGGAACACCUAGUGUAAUAAUUGGUUGGCUAAUGGAGAUUUUCAUUGGCUUAAAUACAUGUCCAAGCAGUCUUGUCUGGUGGAUACCUCACAACAGGCAAUGUUCUCUGACUUUGUUGAUGUAUUGAUAGUACAGUCAAAAGAAAAUUAUGUACUUACAAGUUUUAUUUUGAUUUUUCCCUUUCACAUAACCAUGCCUAUCUGAAGCAUAAUAAAACAUAUAUUUGGCCUUUA